AUGUCCUCGCGGUCUCGACUCCGCCCGAGACCGCGGUCGUGGUGCUCCGGUAGCGCCCGGUUUCUACUGUCAGUGGCGGCGAUCGUUCGAAGCGGGCUGCACAUCGCCACGGACGCCUUCACCCUUCCCUCCGGCGCCGGACACCCGCCUCGCAGCCGCAGCGCGUCGGAGCGCCUCCUUCUUCUUGAAGUAGAAGCCGAGACGGCUACUCCGGCUCGCAACCCUCAGUCUAGACCAACGAGCGACGCUUGGUGCGCUCGUUCUGUAGCGGGAAACGCGUUACGCGGCGCGUGUCCUGGGCAUGAUCGGCUGCCUCGCGGCAGGCGGCAUAGGGGUUGCUCUUCUCGGCUUGGUGCCGUAGGAACUGCUGCUCCUAGCGAGGUGGUGGUUGGGGUUGGCGGGGCCGCGGGGCCGGCUGUGUUGGGGGCGUCGGCCAGGGUAAGGAAGGCGAGCAACCAGGAGGUGCGAGCCGUGACGAGGGGGCUCAACAGCAUCACGUCGUUCGCCGCGUACGGGUCGCGGGACACGGCGGGUCGGAUGACGAUUGCGGAAGAGAUCCUGCUCGUGGAAGAGGUUAAGAUCCUCGCCCGGUACCUCAAGACCCGCGAGCAGCUGGAGGCGGAGCUGGGGGGGCGGGAGCCCACCCGCGAGGAGUGGGCGGCGAGCCUUAACAUCUCCACGGAGGAGCUUGCCCACCAGAUGGUGGCUUCGGCACGAGCUCAGGAGCGAAUCGUGGGGGCGAACGUGGGGCUGAUCGUGGUGAUGGCGCGACGGCACCACCCGGCCACCAUGGCCAGAGGGACCAUCACCAGCGACGUCAUCCAGGAGGGGAGCCUGGCGGUCCUCAGGGCGGCCGAGACGUUCGAUCCGCGCCUGGGGUACCGGUUCUCGACGUACGCGGGGUGGUGGGUGAGGGACCGGGUGACGCGGUGCGUGACCCAGCAGGCGCGGAUCAUACGGCUCCCUCAGUACGUCCACAACUUCCGACGAACGGCGUCGAUGACGGAGGCGGCGCUGCUGAAGGAGCUGGGGCGACGGCCGACGUACGACGAGAUCGCGGAGCGCAUGCGGGUGGACGUGGAGCGGGUGACGCGCUUGAUGAACUGCCCGGACGCCUUCUCCCUGGACGACGCGCCGCCGCCGUCCGCCCGUAUCGUCCGCGACAGGAUAGGCCUCUCAGGCGGCGGGGGCAAGGGAGGGGGCGGCGGCGGCAGCGGCGGGGGUGGGGGUGGGGGAGCGGCCAAGGCGGGGGGAGGGAAGGCCGCGCCGGGCGCCGGGUACCGGCACGAGAGGGUGGCGUGCUCGAUGGUCAACCCGGAGCAGAGGGCGGAGGUCGGUCUGUUCGAGAGCAAGCUGGACAAGCUGCUGAGCGUGCUGAGCGAGGACGAGCGUCUGGUGGUGAAGCUGAGGUACGGGCUCGGCGGAGCCUCGCCGACCACCUGGGGCGAGGUCGCCGCGAGGGCCGGGUCCACCAAGCACAGGGUCAGGAUGGUGGAGACGCGCGCGCUCAACAAGCUGCGCCGUAGACCAGGCAGGUACGCCAGGCAGCAGCUUACGGCGGCGGCGCGAGGCCGCGUCUCCGGAGGCGUCGGCGGCGCCGCUAGCGUCGUCGGGAGGCGGGGAAGAGUUGGACGACGGGGCGGUGUGUUGGCGAGGGAGUUCGGUUGAUGGAGAGGCGUUUUUGUUGUCGCGUUUUUUGUGUAUACACCAGGCGGGUCGGAAAAACCGGCCGGUGCUCCGACGGGCUCGAUGAUGCGAUGCCCGGCGUUUGAUUGUGCCGCGGUUGAGGAAGGUCGGAAAAAAAGGCUGUUGAUAUUUUGCGAGGGGAGUGUGGAUAGAAGGGAGCGCACACAAACGCGGCGGCGUGUGUGCCUGUUGGUUGAAACUGCUGUCAUUUUGUUGAGGCUUACUGAGACAGGAUGGUAGCUUGUUCCGGGCGCGAGAGUAUCUUGGGGAUGGGUGCCCUACACGAGGGUUCUUGUGCGUGGUGGUGACAUUCCGGGUGGAAUGGGACGAAU